UCGUGUACCAGGUGCGACCCGGGGAUCAUCCAUAGAUGUUGGAGUAACCGCGGAGUUUAAGAGCCACAGUCUCUUGUCGGUGGUGUCGGUAGCGCGCAGCCGGGCAGGUAGCUCCGUGCGCCCGGAGGAGAAGCGGCCACCAUGCUCUACCCCUGGGAGAGCUCCUGCAACAUCACGGGCACAAACUGCACCGAUGGCUUCAACUUCACGCAGCAGCUGGAGCGCGGCGCCGCUGGCGGGAACAGCAGCGGGAAGAGGAACGACACGGACCCGUUUGGACGCAACGAGGAGGUCGCCAAGCUGGAGAUCACCGUCCUGAGCCUCGCCUUCCUCGGGGCGGUGGUGGGCAACCUGAGCGUGCUGCUGGCCAUGUACAGGACCCGGCGGAAACCAUCGCGCAUGCACCUGUUCAUGAAGCACCUGAGCCUGGCGGACCUGGUGGUGGCCUUCUUCCAGGUGCUGCCGCAGCUCUGCUGGGAGAUCACCUACCGCUUCACCGGCCCGGACUUCCUGUGCCGCAUCGUGAAGCACCUGCAGGUGCUGGGCAUGUUCGCCUCCACCUACAUGAUGGUGAUGAUGACCCUGGACCGCUACAUCGCCAUCUGCCACCCGCUGCAGACGCUCCAGCAGCCGACGCAGCGCGCGCACAUCAUGAUCGGCUCCACGUGGGCGUGCAGCCUGGUGCUCAGCAUCCCGCAGUACUUCAUCUUCUCCCUGAGCGAGGUGCGCCCCGGCUCGGCCGUCUACGACUGCUGGGGCCACUUCAUGGAGCCGUGGGGGGUGCGCGCCUACAUCACCUGGAUGACGGCGGGGAUCUUCCUGGUGCCCGUGGCCGUGCUGGUGUUCUGCUACGGGCUCAUCUGCCGCACCAUCUGGAAGAACCUCAAGUAUAAGACCCGGAGGAAGAGCGCGGGCUCCGUGGCGGAGAACAACAAGUACGGCAUGCUGAGCAGGAGCUCCGUCAGCAGCGUCAGCACCAUCUCGCGCGCCAAAUUACGCACGGUGAAGAUGACUUUCGUGAUCGUGCUGGCGUACGUGGUGUGCUGGGCGCCUUUCUUCACCGUGCAGAUGUGGUCAGUGUGGGACAAGACCUUCUCCUGGGACGAUUCUGAGAACACCACGGUGACGCUGUCCGCCCUGCUGGCCAGCCUCAACAGCUGCUGCAACCCCUGGAUCUACAUGAUCUUCAGCGGACACCUCCUGUCCGACUUCGCCAGCAGUCUGCCGUGCUGCCGCUCGCUGGCGUACAAGUCCGGCCACCAGGACUCGGACAGCAGCAUCCGGCGGACCACGCUGCAGUCCCGCCUGCAGGGCCCGCGCCUCUCAGAGCCCUUCAAAGACCUCAACCCGCCGCCAAAGGACUGCCCGCAGGUCCCGUCCACAUCCUGACCACUGGGAACAAUUCCUGUGUGUCUGGUUUGCAAAGACGACACGGAAAACUGGUGCGAAUCUGCUGGUUUGUAGCAGCGGAGGAAGGUAUGACCUCAUCUGAGGGUGCGGUCUCGUCUACGGCUUGUUUUCUUUGGUCCGAUCCAGAGUGGAAAAACUUACUCUGUGGCAACUCAUUGGUGUUUGUUUGUUUAGCUUCUCACAGCCGAUGGAAAAGGAGCUUUAAUAACUCUUAACGGUCUGCCCCGUUGGAGAUUUAAUGGAGUCAAAACACAUCCAGUCCCUUUGACUUCAGCUAUUAGCAUGAUGGUCCCGUCUGCGCCCUUUGCUGUAAUUUAACUUCUUUAGUAAACGAGCGUCCGUCCACACUGAGAUUCGUUUUGUGGCGCUUUAGGAAACUGCUGGCUUUUAUAUGUCAACAUACAUGUCGUUAUACCCAUGAACUCUGACGCUGUUGGGUUGUUUUCUGUAGAUUUUGAGAUUACAGUCAGUGAGAGAACUUGGUAAAACAAAGCUCACUUCUCACACACUAGGACUCUUGAGCUGACUGGGAAUAUGAUUUGGACAUGAAGACUGAUGGGACCAAGUGGGACCGGGUCUGUUUCAGUGUGGGUUAGUUGGUGUCGACAGUUCAUCGUAUCUAAACAACAGAAUCAGAUAAAGAUGACCGCUUCAUUCAAUGUUGUGAGACAAUCACAGCUUUAAACACAUGUUUAACAUUGUGAAAUGUAAAUACUUGGUUGAGGUCUGGAAAAAAGACAAAUCUGUGGAGCUCAUGCUUGAUUUACUCUGGUCCCUCUCCCAUUCAGACAGAUUUCCAGCCCCAUCACAGCUGUUUAUCUCAUGGGGUAGGUUUAUACAAUGAUGGGCGUCCAGCUCAACUCAUAAAACUCAGAUCAAAACUGUCAAACUACACAGAUCAACGAUGAAAUACAAAACAUGAUUCUGUACUGUGUUGCUUAUUCCUCACCUCAAAUGUUUUCAGAAACUGUUUUAAUACUGAUUAGCUGGAGCUUGACAAAGUUUGUGACCAGCCAGUGUUUAUUUCUUGCUUCAAAAUGGACCAAGCAUCGCGCCAACUUGCAUGUGUUGUUCAGCACAACGUCACACGUUUUGUUGCUCUGACUGGUUUUAUGGAGUCUAUAGAGACAUUUUGGUCAGUGCUUCUCGAGAACGCUGCUUAGAAAUCAAACAUGAAGUCAAAGGUUGCGGACAUUUUCAUUCUGGCGAUGCCUAGGCAACAAAAAUAUUUGCUAGAUUUAUGAAAAGAUCAUGGUUGGGGUUAAAAUCAGUAUGUUACUGUUAUUGUGGCCUGCAGCUUCAAAGUCCUGUGUUUGUAUCAAGGUUAUUAUAGUUAACGGAAACUAGAAUUGAACAAAACAUUUUCUUUAACUGAAAUAAAAACGAGAGUUUUUAAAAGAACGAUAACUGAAACUGUAUUUUGUGGUUACAAAACUAACUAAAACUAAUUAAAAUUAUAGUCAAAAUGUUCUUGGUUUUCGUCUUUGUCAACUUUUUUCAUACGUACACCUUUUUGGUUGAUAUGAAAUCUAUUUCAUCUAUCUGGUUUUAUGACUUAAUGAACUUAUUGGGGCUGAGAUGGAUCAGACAAAGGAAAUAAAGAAACAUUUAUUGUGACCUUAUUGAAUCGGGCACCCAACAAAUACCCCAUUACAAAAAAAACUAAAACUAACACUAAUAAAAACUAAACUAAAACUAAGCAAUUUCCAAAAACUAAAAACAAAUUAAAACUAGCAAACUCACAAAACUAAUUACAACGAAAUUAAAACUAGAACUGAUGAAAAAUCCCAAACUAUUUUAACCUUGGUUUUUAUAAGCCAUCCAUUCACCCCAACGGACUUUGUCGCUCUUUGUACUCUGUCAGCUGACUGACUUUCUCCUUUGUUUCCAUCAUAAUUCCUAUGACCACCAGGUCACCAACUAACAUGUAAACAUGGGGCAUAGUAGGCAGUUUGGACAGUCACUCAUUGCCAGGCGUUUAAAUAAAGACUUUCUAAAACAUGUUUGAUAUU